UGAGUUCAAGGCCAUCCUGGUCUACAAAGUGAGUUCAGGGUAGCCCAGGCUACAUAGAGACCCUGUCUCAACCAACCAAAGUCCAAAACUCAAGGAACAUGGUGCCCUGCAGUUUCACAGAAGAGCAGCUGAUUAAUGGUUCCACCCUAGAAACGAACGGACUUCCAGUGCACCCGAGCCCACUCUGCUCCUCUGUGUUUAGAAUCUGCCGCUUCUUAGAAUGCAGCGUAGCCAUGGAGUAAGGCUGAGUUUGGACAGCACUCCCAUCUGUUCUGUUCAAACCUCUGCUGUCCAAGAGUUGUGCAGAUCAAACUAAAAUGCUCUCAGGCCAGUGUCUAGGCCAUUGGAGAAAUGUGAAUGACAACUUGCCUUAGAUUCUUUGAGCCUUUUGCUUUUGUACCAUAAUGGGUGUGGAUAUGUCCUGUAUUUGUGUGAAAGUUAAGACAGCCUUCUGGUGUAUUGUGGGGUGAGACUUGAGGUCCAAACUGCAGCAGCCCACUGGUUCUGAACUCGGGACCCUCUCCCCAGACUCCCAAGUGCUGUUGUAGCUGCUGUAGAUGAGCAUACCAGACUUGCAGUGUAGAGGUGGGCCAGACACCGUGGCACACACCUUUAAUCCCAGCACAGAGAGGCAGGUAGAUCUGUGAGGCUGGUUCAGUCUAUAUAGUUAAUUCCAGCUGAGCCAUCACUACACAGUGAAAAUCUGCUUAUGGCCAGAUUGUAGCGGCAUCUAAUCCCAGCACUCAGUCCCAGAUACAGAAAAACCCUAACUAAAAAAAAAAAAACAUCCUGUAGUGACUGAAAACCCAAGUGGUGUACAGGAGGGGAGAGCUGCAUUUGUUUUCCUAAAAAUGCCCUAGAAGCCAGGCGUGGUGGCACACACUUUUAAUUGAGUUCUGAGGCCACCGUAAUCUACAAAGUGAGGCCAGGAUAGCCAAGGCCACACAGAAAAAACAAAGACCCUAGAAAAAGCUUAAAAGUGUAUGCCUGUAAUCACAUUUGGGGGGUUGAGGCAGGAAGAUGAGGAAUUCAAGAUCGUCCUCUGCUACAGAGCCAGUUUGAGGGAGCCUAAGCGUGAGACCCUGUCAAAAGAAAAAAAAAAAAGGCCUAGAGAAGGCCCAGUGAGGAUAUGAUUAUUGAGACUGGAAAGAAGCCAAAGGAGAGCUGAGGUGAACCAGACUGCAGAAAUGGGACAAGUGGUGUUGGGUAGAUGCAGGCUCCUGGGGGCUUUGUCAGUCAGGUUUUGGGUUUGUAUUGGUCCGUUUUCCAUUAUGACUGGACACCAGCCUAUGAAGUAUAGGCUUGUUUGAAUUCUAUCACAGGCUCACCCUACAGAUAAUCCAUUAAUUCAUCAAUCCAGUAAGGCAGAGCCCUCAACCUAUCUAUUUAAUAGACCUCAUAAUAGGAAUUGAAGUUGAGCGCAACUUGAGGGCAUUUGUUUUGCCUAUGUGUUGGUUUGGUUUUUCAAGACAGGGUUUCUCCGUGUCCUGGCUAUAUGGUACUUGCUUUGUAGACCAGGCUGGCCUCAUACUCAGAGAUCCCCUGCCUCUGACUACCCAGUGCUAGGAUUAAAGGUGUGUGACAUCAGGACAAGCUUGUUAAUAUUUUUUGUUUUAGUUGUUUGAAAGAGGGUCUCACAUGGGCCCAGGCCGGCCUCUCAAUUUGAUAUAUUGAUAACAAUUCAUCUUGAUCUCCAGGUUUGAUACCAUGACUGGUUUAUUAUUUGGUUCUUGUGGAUUUAUUAUUAUAAAAUUAUUUUAAUAUUUUUCUAGACAGGGCAUCACUAAGUAGCUUUGACUAUCCUGGACCUCAAACUCACAGAAACCAUCCUGCCUCUGCCAACCCAGUUCUGGGAUUAAAGGCUAUUACGUCCUGCUACGACUCUGGUGUUUUGUCUUUGUUUUGUUUUGUUGGUGGUUGGUUUUGUUGCUUAAAAGGUAGUUUAUUUUUGUACCAUUUGGUACAACCACAGGGAACAAUAAUUUUUCCGAAUUUCGCGAGCCAACUUGCUGGAAAGAGCUCAGUGGACUUGUACGCUUGCCCAAAGAGCUACGAAAAUUACCGAGAAGACUCGGGAAUGUGCCGAAAGAAGGCUACGUCACCUCCACGCACAAAGGCGGAAAUAACCGAAGAAGCGCCGGAAGUGGCGGAGCUGCCGCGGCUAUGUGGUACCGGACAUGCGGCGCCAGUUGCCAUGGAGCCCGCAGGGGUCUGCGGCUUCUGCCCAGCCGGGGAAGCGCUGCCGGCGCGCUACACCUGCCCGCGCUGCAACGCUCCCUACUGCUCGCUGCGCUGCUACCGAGCGCACGGCGCCUGCGCGGAAGACUUCUACCGCGACCAGGUGCUGCGGGAGCUCCGUGGCCGGAGCGCUUCGCCCAGCCGGCUGGCCGGCGCGCUACGCCGGCUGCGUGAACAGCGCGAGACCGAGGAUGAGCCGGAGGAAGCAGGCCUCGGGCCCCGCACCCGGCCGAGCGGCCUUUCUGGACUCUGGGAACGCUUGGCGCCAGCCGAGAAGGCGGCGUUCGAGCGGCUGCUGAGCCGUGGAGAAGCCGGACGUCUUCUGCCGCCUUGGCGGCCCUGGUGGUGGGACCGCGGGGCCGGCCCGCGUCUUCUGGAGGAGCUGGAUGGUGCCCCAGGCAGGGAUCUUGCGGAGCCAGAGCCCGCCCCUGCGAGGACCACGCUGGGAUCCGUGGAUGAUGCCGCCGCCGAGGAAGCACUUGCCGAAAACUCUGGGGCCGCGAGGCCUCCCGCAGUGCCCGACCGUAUCCCAGCGCUGGCUAGUCUGAGCCGCAGCCCGCCCUCGCCGCUCGUGCGCUUCCAGCUGCCCAAUGUGCUGUUCGCGUACGCGCACACCCUCGCCCUGUAUCAUGGAGGGGACGACGACGCGCUGCUCUCUGACUUCUGUGCCACGCUGCUCGAUGUUUCCGGAGCCCUGGGAGCCCAGCAAAUCUUUGACUCUACGGAGGAAGCCCUGCAGGCCGCAGCACACGUGCUGGAAGCGGGCGAGCACCCACCUGGGCCGCUGGGCACUCGGGGUGCUAUGCAAGAGGUUGCCCGUAUCCUGCUGGGCGAGGGUCCUAUCAAUCAGAAGGGCUACACGCUGACAGCGCUGGGUCACCUGGCUCGGACCCUGGGCCGAGCCCGGAAACAGGCUGUGGUUGGCGAAGAGCGGGAUCGACUUUACCGGGCCCGGAAAAAGUGCCAGUUCCUACUAGCGUGGACCAACGAAAAUGAGGCCGCCCUCACACCCCUGGCUCUAGACUGUGCCAGGGCCCACCGAGCCCAUGCAGUAACAGCCGAGGAGAUGGCGUCCCUUACUGGAGAGCUGGAGCGCCUGUGGGGAGGCCCAGUGCCACCUGCUCCGAGGACUCUCAUUGAGGAGCUCCCUGGCUGAGCAGGGUAUCUAUAUCAUUAAUAAAAAUGUGACUGGUCUGCCCAAA